AUGGAUCAAUUUAGUCAUGGGGCGCGGUGCGCGGGGGCGGGGCGCGCGCUGCCGGCCGCGCUGGGGCUGCUGGCCGCGCUGCUGCUGCUGGCGGCCCGCAGAGACUCCCGCGUCGUCCUCACGAGCGAGCUGUACGAGGCGGGCCACUCGCGGCCGCACGCCGAGUGCUGCCCCGCGCGUGGCGCCGCGCUCCGGCUGCUGGUGCUGGUGACGUCAGCCCCCGGCCACGCCGCCGCCAGGGAAGCCGUGCGACUCUCGUGGGGACACGCCGCUUUGAGGCGCGACAUCGGUUUCGCCUUCAUACUUGGCAGUCUCCACACACGCGACGAGGCGAAAGCUGACGCUAUUAGAGCAGAAGACGAACUGUACGGGGACAUAAUCAUCGGCAACUCGAGGGAUUCUUACAGCAACUUGACGCUGAAGACCCUGUCCAUGCUGGAGUGGGUGCACACGUACUGCCCCAAGGUGCCGCGGCUGCUGAAGACCGACGACGACAUGUUCAUCAACAUCCCGCGCCUGCUCAAGUUCAUCGACGCGCGCAAGAACGAGACAAGAACAAUCUGGGGGCACGUGUACGAGCAGGCGUGGCCACACCGGACCAUGUGGUCUAAGUACUACGUGUCGCCGCGGCAGUAUCCGUCCAGUCAGUUCCCGGACUACACCAACGGCCCCGCCUACCUUGUACACCACUACAACCUCAUGACCACCGACGUGGUGGGGGAACUGUUAAAAGCCGCGGGGCAAGAGCCCUACUUGAGGCUAGAAGAUGUCUUCGUGACAGGAGUGCUCGCCAGCAAACUAAAGAUUAAGCGGCAACACGCGGCGGAGUUCUUGUUAUCCGCGGAGGCGGAUAACAAGAAGGUGUUGUACCACCCCUGCACGGUGCAGAAGGGCAUCGCGAUCCACAUGGUGCGCUUCCACGAGCAGUUCGACCUGUGGCGGAAAGUACUCGACGGGACGACCAAGUGCGAAGACGCCUAAACAAUUCUAAUUUCGAAAAACUCAAGCAAAUAAAGUUAUUCAAGUAAAUGUAAUUUUUUUCUGUUUUUUUUUUAGUCAAAACUGUUAGAUUAUGUGCUUUUAACUUAUUUUAUGUAACAAUUUAGCAGUUGUGGAUAUAUUUAUUGGAUAUAGAUGACUUUUUGCGGA